GAAGGCUUCUUUUAUUUUAAUCUACUAUCGUGGUAAUAGAGAAAAGGCCGGCAGGGAUGACCAACUGUGGCCCAACAAUAUUCUUUUAUUGCAAGUGCGCACUUGCUGCUGAUUUGGCCUUGACCUUGGUCAAUAAUUCAUUGGUUGGCGUACACGGCGAGCGCCGAGUUGUCCAUUCGAUUUCUGAAUAAUACCAUAAUAAUGACAUAAUGACUUUGCUCAACUAAACUAAUUGCAGAGAAAUUACACGAAUCUGAAUCACGAAUAUGAAUCUCAAACAUUUCCAAAGCAUUUCGCACCAGGCGUUCAGAUAUUGCAGUCGUUCACUCGCAGCCAGUGAAGUUUUUACUGCGCAACAAACAACGCAAUUGAGUCAACAUCGUCGUCGGUAUUGCGCUGUACUUUUGCCGCUAUUCACAGUUAGUUGUGCGGCCGGCGCUGAACCGAAAGUGGCGAAGUCCCAGUACUCCACAACUGCCCUCGACAUGUCGACAAACGAUUAUAAGAACGCGUCGACCAUUUAUGAAUUCAGCGCUAAGGACACGCACGGUAAUGACGUGGCACUCGAGAAGUAUCGCGGAAAUGUGGUGCUCAUUGUGAACAUCGCCUCUAAGUGUGGAUUAACCAAAACCAACUACCAGAAACUCACCGACUUGAAGGAGAAGUAUGGUGAGCGUGGAUUGCACAUUUUGAAUUUCCCAUGCAAUCAGUUUGGCUCGGGAAUGCCUGAGGCUGAUGGUGAGGACACGGUUUGCCAUCUCCGUGAUGCCAAGGCCGAUAUCGGCGAGGUGUUUGCAAAGAUCGAUGUGAAUGGCGAUGAAGCUGACCCACUCUACAAGUUCUUAAAGGCUAAGCAAACUGGCAUUUUGGGCAGCGGCAUCAAAUGGAACUUCACCAAGUUUCUGAUCAACAAGGAUGGCGUGCCGGUCGACCGUUAUGCGCCCACAACUGAUCCUUUGGACAUUGGCAAGGACAUCGAGAAGCUGCUUUAGAUAGCACCUAUCGCACUCUCUAGUUUUAUAGUCAUACUUUAUGAUAUGCAUUUCUGUGCAUCAUGCAAAAGGAAUAUUUUUGUAUUGCAUAUUGCAUAUUUUGUCGUUCUAGCAUAUAGUUUGGUAUAAAGACUAUAUCUUAUAAACUAGUCGUGUAGCUUA